AUGGCACAGAAAGUGGGUUUUCGGAGCCCGGUUCCAAGCCCAUCGGGCUUGGCAGUUCAGGUUCCCCAUAAAGAGAUUCGUCUCAAAGUGUGGGUGCGGCUGGACUCGCAGAAACUCCCUCCAGAUACUAUAAACCAGGCUACUGCAAUCGAGUUCGAGCGAGAAGACACAAUAGACGACUUGAAAGACCGGAUCUUCAGGAGGUUUCGUGACACGCGCUGGGCUCAAGAAAACGAUAGUUUUGGGAUCGCAAUAGGGUGCUGGUGCGAGUGUGGGUUCGGAGCCACCAGCGCGGGCGACUUGAAAGAUCUGCUGCUGCAGCCGGUGCCAAACAUGGCCAGUAACGCUGCGCCGAUAGAUCUCAGCCACGCGCCACCAUAUAUACGGCGCACCUCACGAACGUGCAGUCCACAUGCCGCAACCUUGGGUACGCCUCCAUCGUACUCUCCGCACCCGGCGCAUCCCUCAUACAACAAACUGCAGUGCAGCACACAGAGCUCGACGCCGCUGGCACAGUUGCGCCUAAGCGUGGGAGCGGGAAAUAAGGAGCUUGGGGGUGGUAUGGACGGGUGCGCGCUGUCACCCGUACGACUGGGGUCUGCAAGAAGACUGUCGCGCACUGCAACCCCCGCGGUAGGCGAAGUGGAUCCUGACAGUAUUCCUCACCAGUCACUGCUGGAGCCCGAUGAGCUUGUGUUCAAUGUUUGUAAGAACCUCUUUGGUGGCGUGGCAGCGCAAACUGCUAACGACGCGCUGGUAGUUUUUUCAAACAAUCCUGACAUACCUCUGUUCGAUGAAACUAUGGACGGUGCGCCAAUGGUAGAGGACCUUACCGACUACAAGCUGGUGGUUGACGAGGAGCAGCUUCGCAAACUGAGCCACACAAACGACGAGGAAAAUAUAGACUGCCCCAAGCAAGCGAUCCUUUUACUGCCUCGUGGUUUUGAAGGCGACGUAAAUCUACCUUCUCCCAAUGUUGCAACUCCUAGCGCUUCAUCGCCGCCGGCUUUAGAAGAGGUCUCGCCUGGCGCCGCUAUAUCACCCACACAGCGAGUAUCGCCGGUAUUGAUGACGUCUGCGCCGCUGGUCGAGGAGGAGAUUGGGCUGGUACCGCCUCGGGACCCUAUAGUACAACGUGAGGGCUCUCCCUUUAUAUUGAGCGCGAUGGAGUCAGUUACUACCGAGUCUAUAACAAGGGACAAAGUGUUUCCUAAGAUUAGCGUUUUGGUCGUGGAGGAUAAUAUGAUUAAUCAAGCUAUCCUGUCGUCCUUUCUGCGAAAGCACAAAAUACACUACAAGGUGGCAAAAAACGGUGUGGAGGCUGUCGAUCGAUGGAAGGAAGGGGGUAUGCACCUCAUCCUCAUGGAUCUGGAAAUGCCGCUACUUUCCGGUAUUGACGCCGCGAAAGAGAUUCGAAAGUUGGAGAAACAGAAUGGAAUUGGUACUGGAGACCCUCUUGGGAAGCACGCGGAACUGAAGGGCCUUACGUGCAAAGCGCCUGUCAUUAUUGUGGCGCUUACCGCGUCCAACUCUCAAACUGACAAAACGGAAGCCCUCUUAGCAGGAUGUAACGAUUAUUUGACAAAGCCUGUAAACCUUGACUGGCUAACCCGCAAAAUAACAGAAUGGGGAUGUAUGCAAGCCCUUAUUGAUUUUGAUGAUUGGAAGGACAACGAUGAGAGGCUCAACUCCUGCAUCGAACAGAAAGCGAAAGCGUCUCAAAAAACAACAUCGACAUCAAACGCUUCAAAAUCGACGAACCUCAACAAGAGAAUAACAACCAGCUAG